CUGUUCACUUUAAUUUUUUCGAUUUAUUUAUAUUUGCGUACGAUAAGACUUUGAUUUGAACCUGUUAGUAUCAUUAUCAAUAUUGUUUAGUCGAUUUUUACACGGGACGGUUCAAAAUACAAGGUUAAUCAGCCAAGGUGCAAAGGUUCAUACAAUUCGUUUAUUCUCAAUCUCGGCAGUUUAACUGGGACACAUAUCACGCAAAGAUGGCUUUUCAACAGAUUCAAAGAGCUCUCCUCCGACCAUCGUUCAGAGCAGUUGCUAAAUUGCAAAGUUGCAAUGCUUCGUCAUCUCCAAACGGAUACAACUUUGCUUUGAAUGACACUCAGAAAGAGUUUCAAGAACUGGCUAGAAAAUUUGCCAGAGAGGAGAUUAUUCCUGUUGCUGCUGAAUAUGACAAAACUGGGAAAUAUCCAUGGGAUAUUAUUAAAAAAGCGUGGGAGAUUGGGCUCAUGAAUGGACAUAUCCCCCAAGAAAUUGGUGGUAUGGGAAAUAGUGUUUUCGAUGGUUGUCUCAUUGCAGAAGAGUUGGCUUAUGGGUGCACUGGUAUUAUGACUGCUUUGGAAGCCAGUGGCUUGGGGCAAACACCAGUCCUGAUUGCGGGAAAUAAAGAACAGCAAAAGAAAUAUUUGGGCCGUUUGCUUGAAGAACCUCUUGUUGCUGCCUAUUGUGUCACUGAACCAGGUGCGGGUUCGGAUGUGAGUGGCAUUAAAACACGAGCUGAGAAAAAAGGUGAUGAGUGGAUUAUUAAUGGUCAGAAAAUGUGGAUUACAAAUGGAGGCGUUGCCAAUUGGUACUUCGUGCUCGCACGGACCAAUCCAGAUCCAAAAUGUCCAGCUGGUAAAGCAUUCACUGGAUUUAUUGUUGAGAGGGAAACUCCUGGAUUGACCCCGGGAAGGAAGGAACUGAACAUGGGUCAAAGGGCUUCCGACACUCGCGGCAUCACCUUCGAAGACGUCCGCGUCCCCAAAGAAAACGUCCUUGUCGGCGAAGGCGCCGGUUUCAAGAUCGCCAUGGGCACAUUCGACAAAACCCGCCCCCCUGUGGCCGCAGGAGCCGUCGGCUUGGCCCAGAGAUGUCUGGAUGAGGCCCUCAAAUACGCCAACGAGCGCAAAACCUUCGGCGUUCCGAUCGCUCACCACCAAGCCGUUGCCUUCAUGCUGGCCGAUAUGGCAGUCGGAGUCGAAACCUCCCGACUCGCCUGGAUGAAGUCGGCCUGGAGGGUGGACCAAGGCCAGAGGAACAGCUACGAAGCGGCAAUUGCCAAGUGUUAUGCUGCUGAUGUUGCCAACAAGUGUGCCACUGAUGCGGUGCAAAUUUUCGGGGGUAAUGGGUUCAACAGCGAAUAUCCCGUCGAAAAACUCAUGAGGGAUGCCAAGAUUUAUCAAAUUUAUGAAGGGACCUCGCAGAUCCAGAGGAUUAUUAUUUCGAGGUCUAUUCUCGAUAAUGCCAAACAGAUGAGCUAGGUUUGAAGCGUUGAUAUUUCAUCAUUUAUUGUAAUUUUAAGAUAAAUUUAUUAUAACGUAUUUUACGAGAUUAUUUUGUAUAAAACUGAAUUUUCAAUAUAUGCUUUACAAAUAGUG